AUGUCCCUCGGUGUCGCUGAUGGUGUAGGAGGAUGGAGUAAUAUGGGGAUUGACCCGGCGAUGUUCUCGCAAGCUCUGAUGUUCCAUGCACAUCGAUACUCCAAGGGCGCUUGGGCCGGAGAACCCGAGACAGACCCAACCCAGGACCUUGACGAACCCGUCGAAGGCUGGGAGCUCACUCCUCAGGAGUGCAUAGACCUCGCAUACGGUGGAGUGCUACGAGAAAAGGCUGUGACCUGUGGCUCCAGCACUGCCUGUGUCAUCAACCUCAACGCGUCCUCGGGUCUGCUGAGAGCAGCAAACCUAGGCGACUCGGGGUUUUCAAUCAUUAGAUCCGCCAGCCUAUUACACGUACAGCCUCCACAGACACACUAUUUUAACUGCCCAAAACAAUUGUCAAAGAUACCAGAUGUCAUGAAGUGGGACGGCUCGAUAGUCGACCACCCCAGGGACGCCGAUGUAUAUUCUGUGAACCUUCAAGGCGGUGAUAUCGUCAUAGCAUACACCGACGGCCUUUCCGAUAAUCUAUUCCCUAAAGAUCUCUUGUCGAUAUCCGCUCUUGUUAUGCGUGCAAACUCGCCCCCGGACGAGCUUGCUCAGACCUUGGCAGAUCGACUCGUAUUGUACGCAUCACAAUGUAUGUGGGACAAGAAGAGACCCUCGCCGUUUGAACUGGGAUGCGUGGCCAGUGGACAGUAUUGGCGAGGCGGGAAAGUUGACGAUGUCACCGUCGUCGUCGCGUUGGUUUCCGAGGACGCAUAG